UAAUUUUAGGAAUUUAUCCAACUAACAAAUGAGUUUAAUUUUAAUUUCAAUGAAAAAAAAGUAUCCGUAUCAAAAUUCGGCGGUCCAAUAGCAGUAUGUAAAGACCCUUCUCGUCAAGAUAUAUAUCUUCCAAGCGAUCCUCUACGAGAAAACAUAUGUUUUUACUCAAAUAAUGGUAUAUUACUAUCUUAAGUGCAUUUUAAAUAAGACAAAACAAUUGCAUGUUUUGAUUUCACCCCUGAAGAACUAUUAUUAGUAGUAAUUGAAGAUGGCUAAUAUUUUUUAAUUGAUCCUUAUAAAAAAGCCUUAAAUUAAAAAAAAGAAUAUACUUUCGGUUUAAAAUUCCAAAAAGAAAUUAUAAUAGAUGCCAAAGUAAAAAUAAUUAAAUAUAUAUAAAAAAAAAGCAAAAAAGGUGUAAGGAAAUGGACUAGCAUUUCAAACUAAAAAUAAUCUUUUUUUUUAUGUUUAAAAUCUAAUGGAUCCUCAUGUAAUGGAGUUUAUAAAUCCAUUAAUAACCGAUUAAAUACCUUGUUGGAUAGUAAUUCCUUCAGAAUAUACACUAUCUGAAAAAAUAGAAUUAUAAAUACCGAACGUAAAUAAUUUAGGGAUAAUUUCUAUAGCCGAAAAUGACUAAAAGACACUUUUUUUUAGUACCGGAUAACCCACAACUCUCCAAAAUAUAAUACAAAUGGCUUCUAGUCCUAGGAAUAAAUACGUAGCAUAUUUAACAUUUUAGAAAGAGAGUAUAUGGACUUUACAUGUAAUAUCGAGUGAUUUUGAGACUUAUAAUUCUAUAGAAAUCGACUUAAAUAGCGAAUAUUAACAAGAACUGGAAUAAAUAUAGAAACAAACUGAAUAAUAAAUCGAAAUAAAAGGAAAUAAUUAAAUAUAAUAAUAAUAAUAUUCAGAAAAAACUAAUAUAUAGAAAAAAAAAGUUCAAAUAAAAAUGAUGUGGUGUGGUGAAGACUGCCUAAUAAUCCACAUAAGAAAUUCUUUAUUUUUAAUCGAACAAAAAGCGUAAUUCGAGGAUGAAAAUUAGUCCUCUUUUUUUUGCCUUUAAGAAAUUGACGGUAUAAAAAUCAUUUCUUUAAACAAAAACCAAAUUCUAAGACUCUCCCCUUCUUCCUAUAUUAAUAUUUUCCAGCCUUUCUCAAACCAUCCAGCCGCCCUCCUUUUCCAGUCUUAUAAAAGUCUCCAAAACCGUGAUCCUUUAAGGGAAUAAGAUAUAAGGAAUAAUAAAGAAUAAUUAUUAUAGGCAGUCCAAGAUUGCAUAGAAGCAAGCGGUUAUGAAUUAAAUAAUAAUGUUUAAUUAUUAUUAUUAAGGGCGGCUUCUUAUGGGAAGAUGUUUUUGCCUUAAAAUACUCUCGAUCCAGGCUUAAUAACUGAUAUUUGUAGAAAUUUAAGGGUAACUCAUGCUUUGUAGAAUGUAAAUAGGACCAUAACAUGUUUUUAGUUGAAAAAUAUUAAAUAGGAAAUAUUAAUAAAAGUACUUCUUAGAUAUAAUUAUCAUUAUUUAUCAAGUGAAAUUUGUAGGCAUUUGCAUUUUCCACCUAAAUUAAAAUCUUAUAUUUAUGUACAUUGGGCUUGUUGCAAAGUAAUGACAAAUGAGCCAGAUGAAAUACUCGCCUAAAUAAUAUAUAAUAAAAUAAAAUAAGAAAAUAGCAUCUAAUUCACAGAAAUAGCAGAUAAAGCUUUAGAAUGUGGAAAACCUUUAUUAGCAUUGAAAUUAUUAGAGUUUGAACCUUGUAUAUAGAAAAAAAUUCCAUUUUUAUUAUGGAUGGGAAGUAAUUGUCCUUAAGAAUAAUUAACAGGAUAUUUUGAAAAAGCCUUAGAUGAAAGUAUAAAAAGUAGAGAUUCGAAUUUGAUUUAUUUAGUUUUGAUGAAAAUAUGGAAUAGUGAUGGAUAAAAUAAAUUUGAUUAAAUUAAAAAACAUUAAAUUUCCAGUAUUCAUUUUGUUAAUUAUUUGAAAAUCUUUCACUAAGAUGAUGCUUCUAUUUAAAAUUUUCUUAUUAAUUCCAAAGAAUAUAUAAAGGCUGGUUUUUUUAAUCUUCUUAAAUUUUUUAAUACAAAUGAUUAAAGUAAAAAACAAGAAUUACUCAAAUAAAUAAUCACUCUUUUUGGAUAAGAAAGUUAGGAUCCUUUUUAUUCUAAAAUGAUUAAAUAAUACAAUAUCUUAUAUACAUAAUUUAUGUAAGGAUAAAAUUGGAAUUAAAUAUCUAUUAAUUAAUUUUAUUAAUAGUCUGUAAGUACACAGUAGGAAAAAAUAGAAUUAAAAUUGAAAAAAGAAUUCUCAAUAAGUGAAAAAAGAUAAGGAUUCGCUAAAAUAUAAUCCUAUAUAGAAAAAAAUAAUAUAGAAGAUAUUGAAUUAGUACUUGAAAAUAUUAAUAAGAAAAAAAUUAUCGUACCAUACGAUUUGGUGGCUGAUAUUUUAAUUAAAAAAGGACACGAAAAUAUUGCUUAUAAUGUUAUUUAAAAAAUAAACAAUGUAGAAGAAAUUGUAUAGAUUUUAUUGAGAUUAGGAUAAACAAAAAGAGCUAUUUAAAGUGCUAUUUAAUUUAGAAAUACUACCGUUUUGUUAGAUAUUAGAAAUUAAAUUAAUGAUUAAGAAUUAAUUACAGUUAUUGAUUAAUAUUUAAAUAAUCCUAAUUAGUGA